AACUCUGCUCCUGCUUCCUGGUCUGAACUCUGGGUUGUCAUGGAUACGUUAAUGUGGUUUCGGUGUUAAGGCCUUAAGGGGACCAGGGGCUUGACUCAACUCUAACGGCACCAUUGCAAAUUCCAGCUCAUUACGUCACAACGCGACCAGACGUUUCACGUCAUCACGAUGCGACAGCCGGCUCAAUGCGCAGUUAGUGUGAUCGGAUUUGUUGUCGUUUUCCGUUCUGGAGUUUUGAUUAAGAAGACAGAUUAAUACGUCAGCUGAAGACCCGCAAACCCGCGGCGCGGUCCAGGAGCAGGAGCCACUCCCUGUGGCCCGGAUCAGACCGCAGUCCCGGUCAGGUAUCUGUUAGCAUCAUUAGCUCAGAUUAGCUUCAGCGGGUUGCUCGUUUCUGUGUCUCUGAUGGAGAGUCCCGGAGGAGCAGGGGGGGCGGUGUUAAGCGGCAGCAACGUCCCGGCCUUCCUCACCAAACUGUGGACCCUAGUGGAGGACCCGGUGCCGAACACAGUCACCGACCCGCUCAUCUGCUGGAGCCCGAGUGGAACCAGCUUCCAUGUGUUCGAUCAGGCUCGCUUCUCUAAAGAAGUUCUACCAAAGUUCUUCAAACACAGCAACAUGGCCAGCUUCAUCCGGCAGCUCAACAUGUACGGGUUCCGGAAGGUGGUCCACAUCGAGCACGGCGGUCUGGUGAAACCGGAGAGAGACGACACCGAGUUCCAACAUCCGUUCUUCAUCAGAGGAGAAGAACACCUGCUGGAGAACAUCAAACGCAAAGUCACCAACGUGUCGUCUGUGCGUCAGGAGGAAGUGAAGAUGUCGGCACACGAUGUGAGUCAGAUCCUGAGUGACGUCCAGCUGAUGAAGGGAAAGCAGGAAACCAUCGACUCCAGAAUCAUCGCCAUGAAACAUGAGAAUGAGGCUCUGUGGAGAGAAAUGGCGAGUCUAAGACAGAAGCACCUGCAGCAGCAGCAGGUCGUCAACAAGGUAGCCACCGCUACACCCGUCACGCUACACCCGUCACGCUACACCCGUCACGCUACAUCGUCACGCUACACCGUCGUCACGCUACACCGUCGUCACGCGACACCGCCACGCUGCACCCGUCACGCUACACCGUCCCGCUACACCCAUCACCGCUACACCAGUCCAGCAUUACACCAGUCACCGCUACACCAGUCACCACUACACCAGUCCACCACUACACCAGUCACCACUACAAUGUGGCUUCUAUCUGAAUCAGUAAUAAACUCUCUCUCUUUGCAGUUGAUCCAAUUCCUGGUGUCUCUCGUCCAGUCGAACAGGAUUAUGGGUGUCAAGAGGAAAAUUCCCCUGAUGUUGAACGACUCUGGCUCCUCCCACUCGAUGCCUAAAUACAGCCACCCUCUCUCAUUGGAGCACAUGCAGGCAGCAGACUCCCCGGUGACCUCUGGACCAAUCAUCUCUGACAUCACAGAUGUGGCCACGCCCAUAGGCGAGAGUUUGGCCUGUGAUUGGAAUGAUGUUGAAGAAAGCCACAUCAAAGAGGAGCCGUCCAUUCCUGUCCUGGAGGGCGGAGACACUUCUGUGGACACGCCCCUCUCCCCCACCACCUUCAUCAACUCCAUCUUACAGGAGACCAAGCCCAGCCUGAGCACCUCCAUCACCACUCCUCCACCAGUUCUUGACUUCCUGUUCUCUGGAGUCAGUCCUUUGUCCGCCGCUCCGCCUCCCUCAGCUCCGCCUCCCUCAGCUCCGCCUCCCUCAGCGCCCGGCGCCCUCAGCUCCGGCCUCCAGCCUCUGAGAUGUCAAACCAUCGCCUGUAUCGACAGGCCCCGCCCCCCUCCCUCUGCAGGUGGACUGUCACCUGACCGCUGGCGCUUUGUUUCAACACGAGAUGACAAGUCUGAACUGUCCAAUCACGUCGACUGCAUUGACAGCAGUCUGGAAAACCUGCAGAGCAUCCUGAACACACAGGCCUUCACCUUCGACCCCUCGCCGCUCAUGGAGUUUUUCUCUUCUUCCUGUUCCUCUGGAGACUUUGAUCUGGACUGUCUGGACACGCUGCUGUCUGAAGACGUCCUCAAUGGCAGCGAGAGCAGCAACACCAACGCAGGGAAGCAGCUGGUGCAGUACACGCCUGUCCCGAUGUCUGAACCAAUCAGCUCCGGGGAGGUCGUGGCCAACCUGCCCUCCCUCCUGGAGCUGGAGGCGGGCCCUUUCUUCACCUCUGACCCUCCCACUGAUGACCCUGCUGCUGCUCUGCUAAGCCACGCCCACCUGGACUCUGACCUCAGUUAGAAGAGGGUGUGACAUGUGAUUUAUUGGUCACCAUGGCAACAGGACAGUGGGCUCCUCAGAAGCAUCAAUAGAGGAAACUGUUGAUCCAUCAGUAGGUCAAAGGUUAUGCAGAUUAACGUCAACCGGUUUAUCUCGCGGUCUUCUCCUUUUUCUUGUUUGUUUUUCUUCUUUGCCGCUUUUAUUCAAACCGCCGUUAAACCCCGAAAAGGAUCAUGUGACUUCUGCAUGUUCAAGUCUUUGUUUUCCUGCGUCAAUAUAGAAGAUGGAGAGAAUCCCAAUAUUUAAAAUAUGUUUCUGAAUGAGAAGUGUUGAUCAGAAAGACGGUGAGAUUCCUUUCUGUUUCUGGUUGUUUGUUGGAAUGAAGAACCAUCUGAGAAAAGCU